AUGUCCUCCGCUUCUCGACCUGGGAUAAACCUCGUGGCCUGCAUUAUUGUUUCCUGGAUUGCAGGUGUCUACGCUACUCUACCGACUCCGGGAGCUUCUGUGUUCAUUACUCCACAUGCAGAGUAUUCUAGCUCGGUAGGAGUCCUAGGCUGCAAGGUUGAUACGAAUCGGAUUGCUUAUUGGCCCCUUGCCGUUGGAUGUGAUAAUAUAUGUGUCAAGGUGUCUAAUGAGGGACGUUCCCUUCAUCUUUUGCGCAUUGAUAUGUCCCAAGGCGCGUAUGAUAUUUCUUACGAUGCUUGGAAUUAUCUGGCGUCCGGCGCAUCUGCCAUGGAUAACCCCCAGCAAGGUGGGGAAAUCCUAAUGUCGUACGAGGUCGUAGAAACAUCAGAAUGUCAACACCUACUCCAUGAGGGGAAGUUGCCUCUGUCAGCGGCUAACAGUAUGAAUUACGUCGCUCUAUGUGCUAGUCAGUCUUCGAGUUGGGUCGCAAACAACUAUCAAUUGUAUAACAUAAACGAUCCCCUGUGCAAGUUUGGGGUAGAUGAGAGAUGCGACCUCGACCUAGCUACAAGUAAUCAGCCAAGCUGUCCCAGUGUCUUAGGUAAUCCUCUACCAAUGCAGUCUAGAGUCAAGAAUGUCGCGUACGGCACUGGUCAACUCGUCCCUGUAUAG